AUGAUGCUAGAAGAUAUACAAUAUUUGACGUUUUAUUUUUUAUCGUGUCUUUUAAGAUUAUGGAGUUCAACCUUACCAGGAUAUAUACAUCCUGAUGAAUUUUUUCAGUCACCUGAAAUAAUGGGUGAAGAUAUUUUCGGAUAUGAAGUAUUUCGUCCUUGGGAAUUUGAGAAAAAAAAGUUUAAAAGACAUUUUCUUUAUUUCAGAGCAUUGACAAUUGGAGUCCCGUUUAGCAUUUUAAAUACUAUAAAUACACUUGUAAUGAAACUUGGGUUUAAUGAUUUAAUUAAUUCACAAUCAAUUUUUUUAACUGAAAGAAUCUCUUAUUUUAUAUUAUCUUUUGGAAUUGAUUAUACAGCAUACACAAUUGCUAAAAAAUUUUAUCCAAGAAAUACAUUUCGAUCAUUGCUUGUUUUUUCUUCUUCAUAUAUUCUUUUAACUUUUUAUACAAGGCCAUUUUCAAAUUCUUUUGAGUCAAUAGUUUUUGCACUUUGUUUCUGUAUUUAUGUCAAGGGUUCUUCACCACAAAUAAACAACUCAAUUAUUAAGGAGGCAUUUCCAACAAAUCUUGGGUUUCUUUUUGGCUGUCUUGUAGCCUUGGGAAUAUUUACUAGAAUAACGCUGGAUAAAUUAUUUGAAUUGAUUCCAACAGCAUUGGGUUUUUCAUUGACAACAAUAAUUUGUGUUCUAAUUGAUUCUUUAUAUUUUGGUGUAUUAAAACUUACUCUAGAAGGAAAAGGAAAUCUAAUUUUUACACCAUUGAAUAAUAUAAUUUAUAAUCUUGACACCAAAAAUUUAGCAGAGCAUGGAUUACAUCCAAGAUAUCUUCAUUGUUUCAAUUUUUUCUUAUUAUUUGGUCCAAUUACAGUAUUGACAAUGAAAGAUUUUUACACCACCAUACUUAAUAUAAGGUUUUCAUCUAGGAAAACAUAUAAAACUGAAAUAAAUUCUUCAAAAAGAUUUAUAACAAAUAUUAUCUUUUAUAAAACUUAUAUGCCACCAAGACAUUUACUUGGAUAUCAUAAAUCCUGGAGAAAUACAAAUGUUCAUGUCAAUGUUUUUGAUUUAGCUGGUUCACCAUUGAAAUUUUCUGCUUUAAACCAUUAUGAAAGAACAUUAUUAGUAACUCCUUCCACCACAGAUUUAUCAAAAUUAUUUGUAGAUAAUGAUGGAAGAAAUGAUGAAAAAUCAAAAACCAUCACUACUACUGACAUCAACAACAAGAAUAAAUUGGAAUUGGAAUUAAUUGAUCAACACUGGCCACAUCUAAAUGCUGAUGAUAUCAACAGAUUAUUUAGUCAUGGAAUGUAUUUGGAUGUAUAUCUAUUAAUGUUAAAAGAAUAA